UUCGGUCACUCUGGCAACUAGGAAAUAACAAAAAAUAAAGAUGAGCGGUGCAAAAAAGGCCUUUGAAUUACAGCGCCAGGUGCGCCAAAACGCACGUGAGUACGAGAGCAGUGUCAAGGACCUGUACUCGUGGGAGCAGGACAUCAAGAAGAAGGAGGAGGAGCUCAAGAAAUCGCCAGCCACUGUCAUCGCCAAGAACCUUCCUGUGCGCAGCCAUGUCCAAGACACACAAGCCCAGGCGGGAAAGGGAAGCCCGGGCAGCUCGGCGGCCAGCACGCCGACGGAGAAGCGGGAUCUGCCCGUGGAUCCGGUGGCGCAGCUGCACAAGAAGGCCAAUGACAUCAAGGACAGCGGCAACAGUUACGUAAAGCUGGCGGAGUACGACAGAGCCAUUGAGGCAUACUCAGAGGCCAUCAAAGUGUAUCCUUAUGAUCCCGUUUACUACAUAAACCGAGCUUUGUGCUACAUCAGACAGGAGCGCUAUGACAACUGCGUGGAGGACUGCGAGGCGGCCAUUGAGCUGGACAAGCUCUGCGUAAAGGCCUACUACCGCCGAAUGCAGGCCAACGAGUCUCUGGGCAACAAUAUGGAAGCUCUCAAGGAUUGCACGACAGUGCUGGCCAUCGAACCCAAGAACAUAGAGGCCAAGAAGAGCCUAGCUCGCAUUAAUGAUCGUCUACGCAAGAAUGCUACCAAGGGCGGUCCAAACUUCACCGCUGAUCGCCCUGACCUCAUUGACAUCUUGCCCCUCGACAAGCCCGUCUAUAAGCGCUCCAAGCAACCCAUGCAUCGUGUGCCGAUCGUCGAUAUAAUCUCUCCUCGUGUGGCCAGUGAGGAGACCAAGAACUUGCGCAUCUCAGACGAGGACAUUGACAAGAUCUUCAAUAGCAACUGCGGAGUAUUCGAGCAGGUGAAAAAGUCUGAAACAAAGCCCAAUGCCUCGACAGGUACAUCCGCUGUUGAGAAUAUCAAGGAGACAAAGAAAGACACAAAUAUUAAAGCUCCCAAGGCAACCCAACAGACAAAUAGUAAUGCUCCCAAGGCAGACCAACAUGUUGAAGUGGCCAAGGAUGAAAAGAAGGAAAUUAAAAGUGCGCCAAAGGCAACGCCAGCUGUUGUCGAGACUCCAAAAGCUCAGAGCACUACAGCAUCCCCGCCAAAACCGGCCCGCACUCCCAGCGCAGUCGUCGAGGCGAAAACAGUGAAGGAAAAUGUACAGAAAACUGAAAAGAUUGAACCAGAUUCUACCAAAAUAAAAGACUCUGCGAGUCCCUUGGAGCGUUCACUACCUCCGCCACCUUCGGGAACAGCUCAGUUCCAUGUGACCUGGAAGGAGCUAACUGCUUCGCAGAAGUACCAGUAUUUAAAGUCCAUCGAAAUAGCCAAUCUGUGUAAGAUCCUAGGCGCCGGGUUCGACUCGGCCACGUUCACGGAACUGCUGCGCACCGUUCAUGACUUUUAUGUACCAAAUAAGGAGCCAACCACGGCCGCUGUUCUGCUGGAGAUAAGCAAAAACGACGAAUUCACCAUUCUGGCCAUGCUCAUGUCAGCAGAGGAAAAGAAAGUGGCAACAUCUAUUUUAAGCGACAUUAAAAACUGGCCCAACCAAAACUCAGCGGUGCUGGAUAAGCUCUUGAAGGCCUACCUGUAACGCGUUCUGAAUUCUAAAUGUUUCAAGUUUAAAUGUACUUAUGUUGCUUCAAAUUGUUAGCUCAAAAAACAGAAAACUACAAAAAAUACAUGGAGGAUGUAAAAGAUGUUAAACAGAA